AUGACAGAUGAAGAACAGAAUAGAUUCCCAAAGACUUCAAGGUUUGCAAAUAAUUCUGAUCUACCAGAUUUGCGGUUCUAUAACCAUGUGAAAGACAAUAAGCAAGUUUUGGUAAAUAAUCAAUUGAAUAAUAUAAAUUACAAUCCGUUUAAUUCUCCUCAACAGAAGACCAAAGCUAAUUUUCCUAUUGACUUCUUUCAUUUACAGAAUAAGAUCACUCUCUCAGAUAUUCCAUUGACAGACUCCAUUCCCAUUUUUCAACUCAAUGAUGCUCAGUUUCAAGAUCCUAUAAAAUUUAUUGACAGCGUCCAUGAAAUGGGAGCGAAAUAUGGCGCUAUUAAACUUGUUAUACCAGAGAAUACCGAAAACUCAUUCAAAUCAAAUUUUCAAAUUAACUCAGACUUAUUCUGGUUUCAAACAAACAAGUUAUUGAAUAAUUCGUCGAAUAACGAAUUAGAAAAUAGAUUGAAAUUUCAUCAAGAAUUAAUAGAAUUUCAUUUGAAGCAUAAAAAGGAAGAUAAUUCAGCAGGAGCUCUGAAAACAGGAGCCUCAACAACGGAAGUACCAACAGCAGAAGUACCAAGAGCAGAAGUUCCAGCAGCAGAAGUUCCAACAGCAGAAGUACCAGCAACAGAAGUACCAGCAAAAGAAGUACCAGCAACAGAAGCGCCGCUUGAUAAUGUGGAACCUGCGAAAGAAUUGCUAGGACCUCCAACUCCUCAUAUCUUACGUACAGACACACCUGAUUCAAAUCCGAAUACUAAGGAUUCCACACCUACUCCUCUCAACGAAUCCAAAAAACCUAAGCCGAAUCUACCUUCCUUCUUAAAUAAAUUGCCUAUGAUUGACAAAAGACCGUUGGAUUUGUACAAACUAUUCAGAUCCGUGUUAAUUAGAGGGGGCUUUAUUGAAGUUGUAAAUAAAAAAUUAUGGGCGCAAAUAGGCAGAGAGUUAGGUUACAAAGGAAAAAUUAUGACGAGUCUAAGUAGCUCUUUGAAGUCUUCAUAUUUAAAGAUUUUAUAUCCUUUUGAAAUGGCUUUGAAUAAUAGAAAGUAUGAAUUAGUUGGGAUCGUCGCUCCAACAGAAGAAUCAGCUACGGCAGUAAAUAACGUGAGGAUAGAGAAUUCUGAUCACCUGAAGAGUGAUAUUUCGAAAUUGGAUGAUGAUGUUCCUUUAAUAAUUGGCUCUUCUAAAGACUUCAAAAGAUCGAUUAAAUUGAAAUCAGCAAAAGGGUUUUUACUUAAUUCCCCCCAUCUCAUAGACGUCAAACAGCCCAAUACAUUUAUAAGCAAAGGAAUCGGCGAAGGAGAAAUUGAUACUACUAAGAAACGUAAGAAAAAUUCAGGUGAAUCAGCUACUACACCAAUAACUCCUGCUUCUCAAAUAAACCACGGUCUAAAAUCCAUUAUAAAUAAUCACUCCGUAUAUCAAGAUGAUUCUCGAUUGGCUUUAAACGGAAAAUCUGCAUCUAUCUAUAACCUUAGACAAUUUAUGGAGAAGGAUUUGAAAUUUCAGGAGUACAUAAUUCAGCAAAACAAAAGCUAUUUUAAUAAGGUCAAUGUGAAUUCGAACGAUAAAUUUUUUUACCAAUUCAAUGAUCAAAAUAUUUCUGUGAUGGAGAGAAAUAUAAUAAAUUUAGAUAAAUUCGAGAAAUUGUAUUGGUCUUUUACAAUGAAUAGGAAAUUCAAGGAGAAUGGUAAUAAUAGUGAUAAUAAAGACAGUGAUAUAUGGAAUGAUGGCCUAGAGCUUGAAAAUGGUACUAACUUACCUUCAUUUAUUAACGGCUCUGGUUUUGCUAGAAUUGGGGAUGAUCUUAUUAACCACAAGAAUCAUUUGACUAGUGUGAAUGUUAAUAACGUCAAUUCUACGAAUAAUAUAAAUGGUUCUAAUACCGCGAAUAAUUCUGCUUCAAAGCAUAGUACUCCUACAAAUAAUAUUGAAACUAAUACGUAUAAUUCACCCGACUAUAUUAAUAACUUGAUAAAGACAUCAUUAAAUCCUUGGAACUUACAUAAUUUACCAAUUUUACCAAAUUCAUUGUUAGGUGGCUUAUCAGAAAGUGAUUUGAAUAACCAAGACCUUAUCAAUCCAACCUUAAGUAUUGGCAUGACAUUUAGUACUGAAAACUGGAAAUGUGAAGAUCAUUUUACACAGCUCUGUAAUUACCAAUUUUUUGGAAGUUAUAAAAAAUGGUAUUUUAUACCUGAGCUGGACUUUGAGAAGUUUGAACAAUUAGUCAAAGAAGUCAACAAUGAGAAUAAGGAAAGAGUUAAUAUAAAUAACGAUGACUGGAAUAUAGAGGAAUUAUUGAAAUACUUCAAUCACGGUGAAGAUACGACAAAUAUAGAAUAUGAAUCAUUAUUAAAUUCGUUAGAAAACAUGAUAAAUCCCUCGCCAGAUUAUAAUAAUUCAAGAAUGCAACAUACCAAUCCUUUGUUUCAAAAGAUCAUAGAUUACAGAAAUCAAAGAAGAGAAAAACUAAAUUACAAUCAAGAAUUUAUGAUAACCCCCGCGUUGUUAGAACAGAGAGGAAUACGUUUUACCACGACAAUUCAAAAGCCUGGUGAAUUUAUCAUUAAAUUUCCCAAGACUUAUUCUUCCACUAUAUCAUUUGGCUUAAAUUUGAGCGAGGAGGUCAAUUUUGCUACUAAAAAUUGGCUAAAUUAUGCACUUGAAGGUGAAAAAUGGCUAAAUAAGCAAUCAAUAUUGCCAAAUUUCCUGAUAUUCAAACUAUUAAUAAACCUAGCCCAGUUAUAUGAGUCCGGAAAUAAUAAUGUCUUUUUUAACUCCGAUAUAUACGAGCAAAGUUUACAUAUGUACAGUUCGUUGUACAAACAAGAAUUGAAGUUGCGGGAUAGAGUACGAAAAAAGUUUACCCAUAUAAGAGAACUUGUUAUUGAUGACAAAACAUUCGGUGAUAUAGACUCUACCGCCGAUGAUGACUUGGCGAGCACUUUCCCUUCAAAAAUUGUUUUGACAGAUGUGAAAUUAAAGCAGACAUUUAUUCUUUCGUUGCCUAGAUUCUUAGAAUACGUUGAGUUGAGUGAGCUUGAAAAUGACUAUGAUAUUAAAAGUGUCCCAAAAUUGAUAGGGAAUCCUCAUUUGAAGAUUGAAUUGCAUUUGUUUUACUCAGAUGAUAAGUUGAAAUCAUUUUACAGAAUACUCAACACCUAUUCUAUUGACUAUGAUGAAUGGAUGCAAAAUUACGAAAGAUUAAUGAAUGAAAAUUCAGAACUUUCCUUGAGAGUGUACAAAAGUUUACUUAUUGAUGGUGAAAAGAUCUAUUUAGCCUUAUCUUCCUCAAAUUUUUUUCAUGUAUUCAAUAAGCCGAAUAAUGAACCGGAGGAUUAUGAAACGAUUAAGUUAAAUACUUUCAAAAAUUAUAUUGAAAAUCUAAGGUCAUUUAUGAACGAUGCGAAUGACUUUAUUGAAGAAUGUCAGAGUAUUUUAUCCAUAAAACACCAACAACGUAUUAGAAAUGGUAAUGCUAAUAAUGAUUUUCAAAGACCUAAUGGUGAUGUUCUUGCAAGGUUAAUAAAAUUAUUUGAUAAAAUUCCAACUCUAAAUUUCUCAUGCUCUGAGACUGAACAAAUUUUAGAGUUUAAGGUUGAAAUCGAGAAUUUUGAUAGAGCUUGUCGUCUUCUUAUUUCGAAACCCAAACAAAGCAACUCAUUACAGGAAUUCAAUGACUUGAUCAACCUUGGACAAUCAUUUGGAAUUGAACUACCCGCUUUAACUUUUUUGAUUAGAUUAAGAGAUAGGUUGCAAUGGGUAGAUACAUACGAUAAGAUUCUUAAAGGAGGUGAUCCUUAUAGUGAUAAAAAGGAGAUUUUUUCAUUGCAAGAUUUAAAAAAUUUCAGGGACGUAGGAAUUAAUCUACUCGGAAGAAGAGACAUUGAAAAGAUCAAAUUAAUUGAUUAUAUUAUAAAUAAAAGUGAAGAAAUGAACGGUAGGUUGAUUGAGUUCUUAAGUUUUGAUUAUGUGGAAUCGGUCUCGUUCGAGACAUUGGAUAGAAUACUUACUGAACUUGAGAAUAAAUCUAAAGCUCAAGGGGAAGACCGGAUAUUUGUUUAUCUCGAUAAUUACGAAAAGCUUAUAAGCUUGAAACAGAAUAGUCAACUUGUGGAACAAUUUAUAGAUUUCAAAGAUACUUUAGCAUCCAAUGGUAAGUUUACUAUACAAGAAAUAAAACAAUUACAAACAUCUAUCAUUGAAUCUGGAUUGAAAUUUCAAAUGGGGCUACUCGAUAGUCAUUUAUCAAAUGCAGAAGAUUGGGUUUCAAAAGUUUGGAAGAUUUUCAAGGACAUAAAGAUUAUAACUGUACUUAAUAGAGAAGUUAACUCUACAGAUGGUAUAAAUCCUAAACUCAACAUCAACGAUUCCUUAAUGGAGAAGAUAGAACAGGUUAUUAAUAAAAAUGAGUUUAGUUUAUCAUUAAAGUCAGACUCUUAUUCAAAGUCAUCAUCUCAUAUUCAUUAUAAAGAAGAAAGUGACCCAUUAGAGAAUUCAGAUCAGCAACAGAUAUAUUGCUCAUGCCGUGAAUUUGAAUUUGGAACAAUGAUAGAAUGCGAUAAAUGUAAGGAAUGGUAUCAUACUCAGUGUGUCAAUGAGCCUGCGUUGGAGUCUGACAAUAAUAAUGAUGAUAACUACUCCUGUCCAAUUUGUAAAUUGAUUGACUCCGGUAUCUUUACUGAUCACUUUUUGACAAAACAAGUAACGUACAGACAACUUCUUGCAUUAGUAGUAGAAGGAAAACAACUAAAUGUGUUUCCAAUCAACGAGUUAACUAAAUUGGAACAACUAUCCAAUUUCGUCACAGAUUACUUUAAAGAUUUGAACCUUGAAAUCGAUAAGGUAAAGCAAAGUGACGAACAGCUUGCAAACAAAAUCGAUUAUUUAAGAUUCUUCUUGAGAAAGGUUUAUGGUGCUGGUAUUCUAAUUGAAGAACUGCUCACCGACUUAUUGAGUACCAUUAGGAAGUAUGAAUAUGAUUUGUCGAUCUUAAAUCCGAUUUCGACACCUGUUGGCCAUGAACCUAAUAAUCAAGUCCCAUUGGAUAAAGCUUUAGAUUCUACAAAAGUAGUAGGGCCUGGAAAUCCAACACAUUUGCUGAACAACGAUCAACCUUACAUGCCAGAUACGAGUUUGCAUGAAUCAUUUCCAAAUAUAAAGUCAGAAAUAACUUCUUCUGCGAAUAUAUUGAGUACUCAUCCUAACUUCAACCAAGGAAACGAAUCCCAAAACCCAAAAUUUAAAACAAUAGAUGUUGAUAUAAAUGCUUCCAUUGGACUCAAAGAUGACCUGGAAUUAUCAGCAACUGAAAAAAAUACGAAUGUUACAACGUUAAAUAGUAAACCUUCAAACGCACAAAAUACGGAGAGAACUGCAGAUUUUGUCAUGGAUAAAGAUAAUAACCUAGAACCUGCAAAUCAGAUUAUUUCAGAAGAAAGCGAACCGAAAUACCCUCUACCUAUGAAUGCAGAGCCAGAAGAGCUAAUUCCGUUUCUAGCUACUCAGAUAGAACCAAAAUCAAAUGAAAGUAAUAUUGGUACGCCUGUCAUUAAAGAGAAUGAUACGCAAAGUAUAACAGCAGAAGGCAUAAUCAAUGAACUUGCAAAUCUGAACAUAGAUAAUCAAGAGUAA